UCUCCGGCCAAUCAGGGUGCGGACGAGGUCAAUUAGGAAGUGUUGUGUGACGAGCAAGUUUUGCGCGAAUGUCAUCAUUGUCGCAAAGAAGAAAAAUAGAAAAACCGCGAAACGAAUCAUCAAAAUAGUAUUUACAAGUGAAACAAUUGUAAAUUACUUACCUUAAUUAUAAUAAAGUCAAUUGAAAUUAAUAUAAUACAUUUAAAUAAAUGAAAAAAUAGUGAAACAUGACAAAUGAAUGAAAAAAAAUUUUUGAUCUAAAGUGGACUCCCGGUGUUGCGUUUCGUGAUUCUAGUAUCGUGCUGUGUGUGAUAAAAGAGAAGGGAUAUCCUACAAACAUAGCAUUGAUAAAAGUGUUUUUACCGGUAGUUAGUGUUUACAACUACGUGUAUAUCAAUUUCUUGAAUAAAAAUAAUAUCAUCAUUGCCAAUAUUAUCAAUAACAAACGUAAUAUCAAAAUGACAGUAUUAAAGAGUAAAUAAAAAUUAACAUAGAAAAUAACCACAAUCAAUUAUUUUAAUAAGGAUCAUUCUUUACAAGAUCAAGUAACUGUUAAAUCGAUUACUAACGGAAUUACAUUUUUGGAAUUGUUUUCCACUCUAACAGGUCAUUACGAAAAUGUCUUUUGGUUAAAAAUCUACAAUAAAUAACAUCAAGUAAACAUCAUCAAUUUAUCUUUUAUUCAACACAAAAGAAGGGGAGAAGUUGAGUAAAUAGGGAGUAAAAAAGUCUUUGAAAAAGUUUGUGAUUUAAAAUUCUGACUUUGGAGACUGACUCCAAGAAUUUAUUUUGUAUGAUCAGUGUCAGACAAUCACAAAAAACGGCAUCAAGUGUUAAAAAGUGUAGUGAAAGACACGGGUGAGUGUAAGACACCGGUGAAUACGCCGCUGUGGCUACUGGCCGCAGCGGUGCCUCAUACGACAACGCUAAGAUUCAGGAACUUAGCCAAGAGUAAAACCACGGGGAAGAUUUUGAUUGUUAGAAGCUUUACUAAUCAUCACGCACAAAUAUGGCGGAUCUCGAGGCCGUCCUCGCGGAUGUCAGCUAUCUUAUGGCUAUGGAAAAAAGCAAAUGUACACCAGCGGCAAGAGCUAGCAAGAAAAUAGUUUUACCAGAUCCUAGUGUACGAAGUGUGAUGCACAAAUAUCUGGAGAAAAAAAAUGAAGUCAACUUUGAUAAAAUAUUUAAUCAAAUGUUAGGAUAUCUUUUAUUCAAAGACUUUUGUGAAACUGUGUUAGACGAACCAGUUCCUGAACUUAGGUUUUAUGAAGAGAUAAAAGCGUACGAGAAAUUGGAAUGUCCAGAUGAAAGAAGAAAACUUGCUCGAGAAAUCUACGAUAACUUCAUAAUGAAAGAACUCCUAGCACAUUCACAUAAUUAUCCUUCAGAGGCUGUAUCACAUGUGCAUAAAUUUCUUAUGAAAAAUGAAGUGCCAGUGAAUUUAUUUGAGCCUUACAUUGAAGAAAUCUUUAACCACUUAAGGGGUGAACCGUUCAAAAAGUUCCUGGAGAGUGAAAAAUACACUCGUUUUUGCCAAUGGAAAAAUCUCGAGCUGAAUAUUCAGUUGACAAUGAACGACUUCAGCGUGCACCGCAUAAUAGGAAGAGGUGGCUUUGGAGAAGUUUACGGAUGCCGUAAGGCUGAUACAGGAAAAAUGUACGCGAUGAAGUGUCUCGAUAAGAAGCGUAUCAAGAUGAAGCAGGGCGAGACACUAGCACUCAAUGAGAGGAUAAUGUUAUCUCUAGUCAGCACUGGGGUGGACUGCCCUUUUAUUGUCUGUAUGACGUACGCUUUUCAUACUCCAGACAAACUUUGUUUUAUUUUGGAUCUGAUGAAUGGUGGUGAUCUUCAUUAUCAUUUAAGUCAACAUGGAGUUUUCAACGAACUGGAAAUGAAGUUUUAUGCUGCUGAAGUAAUUUUAGGACUUGAACAUAUGCAUCGACGAUAUAUUGUUUAUCGUGACCUCAAACCAGCAAACAUUUUACUUGACGAACACGGCCACGUCAAGAUAUCUGAUCUUGGCCUUGCCUGUGAUUUUUCUAAAAAAAAACCACACGCAAGUGUGGGCACCCAUGGAUAUAUGGCUCCUGAGGUGCUUUCCAAAGGUACGACAUAUGAUUCAAGUGCUGAUUGGUUUUCCUUCGGCUGUAUGCUGUACAAACUACUCAAGGGCCAUAGCCCAUUUCGACAGCGUAACAUCAAAGAUAAAAGCGAAAUCGAUCGAAUGACGCUUACAAUGAAUGUUGAGCUGCCAGAUUCAUUCUCUCGAGAAUUACGAUCACUUUUAGAAGGCUUACUCCAACGUGAUGUGAAUAACAGACUCGGUUGUCGUGGUGGUGGAGCAGAUGAGCUUAAAGUGCACCCAUUUUUCAGUGGGAUCGAUUGGCAACAAGUUUAUUUACAGAAAUAUACACCACCAUUGAUACCUCCUAGAGGCGAAGUUAAUGCCGCUGAUGCUUUUGAUAUUGGUUCAUUUGAUGAAGAAGAUACCAAAGGAAUUAAGUUGACUGAUGCUGAUCAGGAACUCUAUAAAAACUUUCCGUUAGUUAUUUCGGAAAGAUGGCAAGCUGAAGUGGCUGAAACUGUUUUUGAAACAAUCAACAAUGAAGCUGACAAGGUGGAAAAUAAAAAGAAAGCAAAGCAAAAGUUACGAUUUGAUGCGGAUGAAAAAGGGUCAGAUUGUAUUCUUCAUGGAUAUAUAAAAAAACUUGGUGGUCCAUUUGUUAGCGCAUGGCAAACUCGUUAUGCAAAAUUGUAUCCUAAUCGACUUGAGCUUCAUCCGGAAUCUACAACAAAGCCAGAGCUUGUUUUUCUUGAUCAAGUAGAAGAAGUUAGUGCUGAUCUUCAGCAUGUGAAAGGAGAGCAGUGCAUUGUCGUCCGUACUAGAGAUGCAAAGAUUGUGCUGACUAAUCCAGAUGAAAUUAGUUUAAAGGAAUGGGCUCUUUCGUUGAGAUCAGCGCACAAGUAUUCCAUGGAGAUGUUGGGAAAUAUGGCGAAAAAAGCCGGUAAAAUUUAUGGAACUGAACGUGAUGCCGUAAUUCCGUCAAUGCAACGAUCAACAAAUGGCAACUAGCGCUUUCUUCCUAUAGAUAAACUGAACAAUAAUAAUUAAAAAAUUAAAAAUAACAAUGCAUAACAAUAAACAACAAUUAAUAAUAAACAUAAUUAUUAAACAAAAACGAAAACAAGUUAAUGGCAAUGUUGAAAAAAAAAUAGACAAACAGCGAAGAAAUAAAAAACUACGAUUCACUGUGACACUGCCUCGCAGCAGCGAUAUCAACAGAUGCAAAUUUUUUUAUACCAUCUAAGUAAAGAUCGUAAAAAAAACAUAAAGAAGUCAUUAGUAAAAAGGAGAAUAAAAAAUCAGAAAACAUUAAAAAAUAAAACAAACUUACACAAGACUAUUGGACUGAGAUAAUUGUUUUAAUUUAUAGAAACAUGGAUCACAUGAUUGAUAACAUGAUGCAAUGUUAUUUUUCUUGUUCGUGCAUAGUUAAAAUUCAAAUAAAUUAAUAAAAAGAUGUCCCCAAAUCAUUGAAAACGACGGUUAGCGUCGCGCUGUAUAGAGUUUGUAGGGUGUAGUGGAUGUUGCAUUAUGGAGAAACUGUUUCCCAGAAGAAUAAAAUGUUAUUAAAAUAAUUAUUACAAUUUCUUUAAUAGCUAAAUACAAAUAUUUACGUAAAUCUGGGUGACAACUCCCUAAUGCAUCGUACCAUGUCGUUAUAUUUGUAUGUUAGAUAUGUAUGCGCAAGUGUGGCAUAUAGUGAUUAGCAAUUGAGCCACGUUAUAUUUAAAACAAAAUUAAUUAAAAAAAUAUUCAAGAGAUAUGAAUAUUUAAAAGAAGAGAACGAAUGAAGAAAUAUUAAAUGAAGACAAAAAUAGUGGUAUUAGAAAAAUAAUAUUAUGAAAGAGAAACAAACUCAAAUAAUAAUAAAAAAUAAAUAAAUUUAUAAUUAUGCACACAACAUUAGUGUACUAAUAAUCGCCGCAAAAACAUAAAUCAUGAAAAAAAUUCGAGGUAAAAUCCAUAAACAUCUGUAUUAUGAAUUUUCGAGUAUCUGAUGCGUGAAAGAAAAACGUAGUGAAGAGCAAGAGUGUGAGAUAAAAUGUAAGUGUGAUAGAGAAAAAAUUGUAAGAGAGAAUGACAUGACAUACAUAUAUACCAAUUGUUUUUACUUAAUUUAUUUUAUUAAUCCUAAACGAUUUUUCUAUUUCCCGUAAAAAAAAAUACAUGAAACGGAAAGCGAACGAUAAUAAUAUUAAUAAUAAAAUACUAAUAAAAUGAAUAAAUGCUUAGGUAAAAUAAACAAUAUUCAUUAUUAUUUAUUACGUUAAAUACUCAUACAUUAUAUUAAGUAUUGACAAAAAGAAAAAAAAAAAGAAAAAAAUUAGUAAAACCAAUCGUUUGUAUAUUGACAGGAAAAUUAAUUUAAAAGAAAUCUUAAAUACUGAUAAAACUAUGUAUGGCCGAUCCAUUCGACCUGGCAAUAAAAACAAAUGUGCAAUCAAUCCAAA